GAGGGUGUAGCGGGCUCCAGGAGCCAGAGAGAAGACAUUUAUCAAGUAGGCAAGGAGAGAUGGAUGGUUAGAGCAGGUGGAGGAAGAAGCAGCUGAAGGAUUUGGAACCAAACGUGAUGGGGGGCAGAAGCCUGCAUAAACAAUUGAUCUGUACACACCUUAAGACAGUCAAAUCAACAACGUGAGCCAUUAUGCGAUGUUAAGACAUGGGCAUGGCUGAAAGCCCUCCUCCUUUCCCGGGGCAAUGCUGUGUGGUUGAAAGGAAGAAAUCACCUCUCUAAAGCAGACAUGAUGCCAGGCUUUUUCCUGGUCCUUCUGGUUCUCAGUGUCACUCUCUCAGGUUCCCAGGUGACUCUUACAGCCACUGAAGGACUCAGCUCCAUAGCCGAACAUGAAGAUGCCCUCCUCAGACAUUUGUUCCAAGGUUAUCAGAAAUGGGUUCGCCCUGUGUUGAAUUCCAGUGACACCAUAAAAGUGCAUUUUGGGUUGAAAAUAUCGCAGCUUGUGGAUGUGGAUGAAAAGAAUCAGCUGAUGACAACCAAUGUGUGGCUCAAGCAGGAAUGGACAGACCAAAAAUUACGCUGGAAUCCCGAAGAAUAUGGUGGAAUUAAUUCGAUAAAGGUUCCAUCUGAAUCGCUCUGGCUUCCUGACAUAGUUCUCUUUGAAAAUGCUGACGGACGUUUCGAAGGUUCCCUCAUGACCAAGGCCAUCGUGAAAUCCAGUGGGACUGUCAGCUGGACUCCCCCUGCCAGCUACAAAAGCUCCUGCACCAUGGACGUCACGUUUUUCCCGUUCGACAGGCAGAACUGCUCGAUGAAGUUUGGAUCCUGGACUUACGAUGGGAGCAUGGUCGACCUCAUUCUGAUCGACGAAAAUGUUGACCGGAAAGACUUUUUUGAUAACGGAGAGUGGGAGAUACUAAAUGCAAAGGGGAUGAAGGGCAACAGAAGAGAAGGUUUUUAUUCCUACCCGUUUGUGACCUACUCUUUUGUUCUGAGACGCCUGCCGUUGUUUUACACGCUCUUUUUGAUAAUCCCCUGCCUGGGGCUGUCUUUUCUCACGGUCCUGGUAUUCUACUUACCUUCUGAUGAAGGGGAAAAGCUUUCACUCUCAACCUCGGUUUUGGUUUCUCUGACGGUGUUUCUCUUAGUAAUUGAAGAAAUAAUCCCGUCUUCUUCGAAAGUCAUCCCUCUCAUCGGCGAGUACCUCCUCUUCAUUAUGAUUUUUGUUACCCUGUCCAUUAUUGUCACAGUUUUCGUCAUUAACGUUCACCACAGAUCUUCUUCAACCUACCAUCCCAUGGCCCCCUGGGUGAAGAGGCUGUUUCUGCAAAAACUCCCGAGAUGGCUUUGCAUGAAGGACCCCAUGGACCGCUUCUCUUUCCCCGAUGGAGAGGAGAGGAAAGCAGCCGUGCGAGGCAAAGUCUCAGGGAAAAGGAAGCAGACGGCUCUUAGUGAUGGAGAAAGAGUUCUGGUCACUUUCCUGGAAAGGGCGGCUGAGUCCAUCAGAUACAUUUCAAGGCACGUGAAGAAGGAGCAUUUCAUCAGCCAGGUAGUGCAAGACUGGAAAUUUGUGGCUCAAGUUCUUGACCGGAUCUUCCUGUGGCUCUUUCUGACUGUUUCAGUUUUGGGCUCCAUUCUGAUUUUUAUUCCAGCCUUGAAGAUGUGGCUGCACCGUUUCCAUUAGGAAUGACUCUCCAGAUCCAUUUAGAAGACACUCAGAGAUGAGUCCCACCUUAGGACUAACGGCUGCUGGCAUGUUCACAGAAUGCAGAUGCAUGCACUAGCUGUCGUACCCUCAUCCUGUCACCUGAGCUUCCUGUGAUGGAAGUUCCCCUGGAAGCUUUAGAGUAUGAUCACAAAAAAGAAAGCACACUCAGUUGGAACCACUUCAGAUCUUGAAAGAGGAGAGAGGAGAGGGAAGCAGAUGGGGGAAGGAGAGGACCUGCUAUAGAAGACACUCAGAGAUGAGUCCCACCUUAGGACUAAUGGCUGCUGGCAUGUUCACAGAAUGCAGAUGCAUGCACUAGCUGUAGUACCCUCAUCCUGUCACCUGAGCUUCCUGUGAUGGAAGGACACUUUGAUCUAAUGUGAUGGGUUGCUGCCUUUAGAAAUGGAUUUGGACAAUUCAAGGGGGACUCCAAGUUACAUUUUUGUGCAGAAGUUCCCAAAUUCCUGCAUCUAUUCAUCCCCACAGUCCUGCACAUCUCUAUCCCCUGCAUCUGCUUAUCCCCUGGAUUCUUCUAUCUGCUCAUCCCUAAAUGCCUGCAUUUUGCCCAUCCUGGUACUCCUGGUAUCUGCCCAGACUUGGUGGUUGGCCUGAGCUGCAUACUGGUGCCAUGUGGUACUUACUUCUCUACCAGUGUGGGUGAACACAUUUUGACAACAGUUUCAGGAUUUAUAUAGGUACAAUUCUUGGUCUAGAACACUGUUAGUACAAUGGUCCAAGAUGCCACUUUUCAAUGAAUGCCCCGAAAAUAUGGUGUUCAUUGGAAAUGAUCUUGAUCGACUAUGACAGCUCUCUAAGACGAGUGUUACUGGAAGUUUGUUGAUUGCGUUGCAAAGCUUUUCUAACGGUGCAAAUAGGAGCUCUGGUGAUUUGUGACUUGCUGUGGGAUCUCAUCAAAAUAACUUAGAACAGAAAAGCAGUCAUUAGUUACUAGGACUACGUUCAUUAAUACAUGUCUUUCUGCUCUUAGGAAAUGUAGAGUGCUGAAUAUUCUUGGAUCAUGAUUUUGGAUAAUGUCUUAGCCAGUGUUCUAUUGCCAUGAAGAGACACUGUGAUCAUUACAACUGUUAUCAAAGAAAGCAUUUAAUUGGGAGUUUUCUUACAGUUCCAUUAGGUUUAGUUCAUUAUCACUAUAGUGAGAAGCAUGGAGACAUACAGGUAGACAUGGUGUUGGAGAGGUAGCCAAUGGUUGUACGUACAUCUGGAUCUGUAGGCAACAGCAAGAGAGAGACACUGAGACUUGGGCUUUUGAAACCUCCAAACCCACUCUCAAUGACAUACUUUCUCUAACAAGGCCACACCUACUUCAACAAGGCCACACCUCCUAAUCCUUCUUAAGUAGUGCCACUCCCUGAUGAUUAAGCAUUAACAUAUAGGAACCUAUGGGGGUCAUUCUUAUUCAGACCACCACAGAAUUGGUUUCCACUGAGUCUUCCACCUUCCCACCCCCCCCAACCCCCACCACCCGUGUCUCCUUCCUUUCCUUACCCCACCCCACGGCUCCUCUAGGACUGAGGGGGAACAUCGAUCAGAUUGACUUUGCUGCUGCUAAGAAUCCCUCCCAUGUUUUGUUAAAAGAGUCUGUUCUCCACAAUGAUGAAAGCCUGUCUGCUCUGCUUAUUUUAGACAUGGUUCUUCUAAGUAGUUUGUUCCUGAUAUUUGAAAACCCCAAUCUCAGGUUUUAUUUUUAGAUUAUUGUCAUUGUAAAACACAGUAAGAGUUCAGUCUUCUUAUGUGUAUUAGUCCAUGUUUUUUUCUUUCCUAAUCCUCUUAAGCUUGUCUUUUUAUCUUUAGACCUAGAUAUGUCACAUCGUGUCUAAGCAGAGAGUGAUGUCCAUCCAUCUCUGUCCAUCUCUCCGCCCUUCUCUUCCCCCUCCUUCCUUUCCCCCCUUUCCUCCCAACUCCUCCUCUCUGCCUUCAAUGACUAAUGUCUUCAAACUAUGCAGAUCUUCUUCAAUUUCUUUUACUGUCUUUCUCCAUUUUCUCUCUUUUCCUCUUGACAUUUCUGGUAGAGAUCCUGUCAUUGCUGGACCUGCUCUCCAUGUUUAUUAACUGAUUGACUCUUCUCUUAUGCUUUUACAUUCUUUUUCAAAAGACAGUGUUUUCUUAAUUCUUUGAAAAUUUCACACAACGUAUUUUGAUCCUACUUACCUCCGAUUCCUACCCCCCAGUUUCUCCCCGAUCUACUCCCUAACUCUAUCCUCCAACUCCAUGUCCUAAUUAAUUAAUUAAUUAAUUAAUUAAUUAAUUAAAAUAUCCCUCUGAUUCCAGUUUGUGCUGCUUGUUUACUCUGGUGUGGCUCCAGCCCUUGGUCACUGAGGAACCCAGGCCCCUGCCUGGACCCAUACCUUGACUAUUCUACAGCCAUGACAGGCUGUGGAAAACACCCAACAGAAUGUAGGCCCUUGGCACAGUGAGGUGCCCUUGAGACCCCAACCUUGAGCCUAGCUCUAGUUACAGGAAAACCCCAACAGAUGUCCUCAUAAAGUAAAAUAAGGCAAUUAAAAGUUAAGGAAAGCCGGGUCAUGAUAAAGAAAAAAUGUAUUAGCCACAACAACUGCCAAAAGAGAUAAUAGUUUUCUUGUAGCUGCAAAUUAACCAAGGACAGCACCUCCGGAUGGGAGGUGCAUCAAUCCUGAGUCUGCUCCUAUAUAGUCUGAAGACCCCCAACCCCACCUUGCUUCACCAAUGUUGCUUUACUCGCUAUAAAUACUCUGUCCCCUUGCUACUUGGGGUCUCUCCUGCUCUGCUGGCUGCUGCGUCAGAUGAAUGGAGAGUCCCGAGUUAACUCAUAACAAUGCAAAGACUCUUUGCUUUUGCAUUGGAUUUGGUCGCUUGGUGGUCUUUGGGGGACUCUGGCUACAACAGUCACAUCUUUGCAGUUGGUCCCCUUCUGGCUGUUAGUGUUGGUAUGUGUGAGUAAGGUCGGGCGGAAGUCCUUGUUCAUAGCCUCUUGUUCACGCCACACACCAGAAGUAGCACAGGGGACAUUUCGGCUCUGAGGCUGCCAGUAUCAGACUUCCACCCCUGACUCUACAGCCUGCACCAACCCCUCCCUCCCUGCUUAUGGUAAUUCAGUUCUUGGUCACACUUCACUGUCUUGUCUUUCUUAGACUCUUCAGAUGCUGUUUAAGUGUGUGUAUGGAAGGGAUGGUUUAAACCCAGGUCUGGAGUUCUUAGGGAGCUCAGCCAUAGCCAGUUGAAGGAGAAUGUCUGCCUCAGCCUAUUCAGAACCUGUUGCAGAGUCUACACUCCCCCCCCCCCCCCCCCCCCCCCCCCC